AUGCCGCUUCAAAAUGGCUGCUCCAUCAACACAGCGCCCCCCGAGGAGGAGGAGGAGGAGGAGGACUGCGAGCUGCUGCUGCCGCUCCACACAGCGCCCCCUUACUGCUGCUCGUCCCGGCUGAACCUGGCCGUGCUCAUGUUCUUCGGUUUCGCCGUGGUCUACGGUCUCCGCGUCAACCUGAGCGUGGCGAUGGUUGCCAUGGUGAACAACACAGAGACCGACCCGGCAACCAACAUCUCCAACUCCAGCAAACACGUGUGUCCUGUGCCACAGACCAACCAGAGCUCGCCGUUCUCUCCCAAGGACGGGGCGCCUGUGUAUCAGUGGGACUCCAAGGUCCAGGGCUGGCUCCUGGGGGCCUUCUUCUUCGGGUAUCUCUGCACUCAGAUCCCCGGGGGGUACUUGGCCGGUCACUACGGAGGGACCAAGUUCCUGGGGGUGGGGGUCCUGGGCACCGCGGCUCUGACCCUGCUCACCCCCCUGGCAGCGCAGUGGGGCCAGCACUGGCUGUUCGCACUCAGGGCUCUGGAGGGGUUCGGAGAGGGCGUGACGUUCCCGGCGAUGAUGGCGAUCUGGGCUCGUUGGGCUCCUCCUCUGGAGCGGUCUCGACUCAUGACGUUCUCUGGGUCUGGGGCCAACUUUGGGGCCUUCGUGGCUCUGCCUCUGACCGGCUUCAUCUGUGACACCCUGGGCUGGCCCUGGGUCUUCUACCUCUGCGGUGAGAGCCUACACACAUGGUACUGGGUCUUCUACCUCUGCGGUGAGAGCCUACACACAUGGUACUGGGUCUUCUACCUCUGCGGUGAGAGCCUACACACAUGGUACUGGGUCUUCUACCUCUGCGGUGAGAGCCUACACACAUGGUACUGGGUCUUCUACCUCUGCGAGUGUGGUGUUCUAGAGUGUGGUGUUCUAGAGUGUGUGGUUCUAGAGUGUGGUGUUCUAGAAGUGUGUGGUGUUCUAGAGUGUGGUGUUCUAGAGUGUGUGGUUCUAGAGUGUGGUGUUCUAGUGUGGGGUUCUAGAUGUGUGGUUCUAGUGUGUGGUUCUAGAGUGUGUGGUGUUCUAGAGUGUGGUGUUCUAAAGUGUGGUGUUCUAGAGGGUGGUGUUCUAGAGUGUGUGGUUCUAGUGAGUGUGGUUCUAGAGUGUGGUGUUCUAGAGUGGUGUUCUAGUGUGUGUGGUUCUAGAGUGUGUGGUGUUCUAGAGUGUGUGGUUCUAGCGAAGUGUGUGGUUCUAGAGUGUGUGGUUCUAGAGUGUGUGGUUCUAGAGUGUGUGGUUCUAAAGUGUGGUGUUCUAGAGUGUGUGGUUCUAGAGUGUGUGGUUCUAGAGGGUGUAGUUCUAUGUGGUGUUCUAGAGUGUGUGGUUCUAGAGUGUGUGGUUCUAGAGUGUGUGGUUCUAGAGUGUGUGGUUCUAAAGUGUGGUGUUCUAGAGUGUGUGGUUCUAGAGUGUGUGGUUCUAGAGGGUGGUGUUCUAGAGGGUGGUGUUCUAGAGGGUGUAGUUCUAGUGAGUGUGGUUCUAGUGUGGGGUGUUCUAGAGUGUGGUGUUCUAGAGUGUGUGGUUCUACUGUGUGUGGUUCUAGUGUGGGGUGUUCUAGAGUGUGGUGUUCUAGAGUGUGUGGUUCUAGAGUGUGUGGUUCUAGAGUGUGUGGUUCUAGAGUGUGUGGUUCUAAAGUGUGGUGUUCUAGAGUGUGUGGUUCUAGAGUGUGUGGUUCUAGAGGGUGGUGUUCUAGAGGGUGGUGUUCUAGAGGGUGUAGUUCUAGUGAGUGUGGUUCUAGUGUGGGGUGUUCUAGAGUGUGGUGUUCUAGAGUGUGUGGUUCUACUGUGUGUGGUUCUAGUGUGGGGUGUUCUAGAGUGUGGUGUUCUAGAGUGUGGUGUUCUAGUGUGUGGUGUUCUAGUGUGUGGUGUUCUAGAGUGUGGUGUUCUAGAGUGUGGUGUUCUAGAGUGUGUGUAUGGUGUUCUAGAGUGUGUGGUUCUAGUGUGUGUGGUUCUAGAGUGUGUGGUUCUAGUGUGUGUGGUUCUAGAGUGUGUGGUUCUAGUGUGGUGUGGCGGCGGGUGUCUGUGGGCUGUUUUCUGGUUCGCUCUCGUGGCGGACGACCCUCGGACUCACAAACGCAUCAGUGACGAAGAGCGAGGUUACAUCAUCAGCACCAUCGGGGCGCAGGUCAUUACCAUAAACACACAUGGUCCAUCGGGGCGCAGGUCAUUACCAUAA